AUGUAUGCCAAUCCAAUAGUAGCCUGGGCACUUACAUUUAAUUGUGGAGAGGUAACACACCUUGCCCAUUUUAUCGUUUAUUGGCUUGCCCCGUUGUUUGCCUUUUUCCUAUCCAAAUGGCUUUUGUAG